AUGAAUCGGAAUAAUUAUUCAAAAGGCUCUCCAAAUUGGAGACCGAAGCAAUCCAUCAACAACACUUAUAACCUCACGGAAAAGCCAAGUUAUACGUCGCGCGCCGGAAAAAUGGUUGAAGUGUUGUUUGGGCGCCAGUACCACAGAGAAAGUUUAACUCUGUUGUGUACGUACUUCGUGGCAAAUAAAAGGAAUUAUAGAUGUCCAAAUAAUAGGUUCAAAUCAUUUGUUGAAAAUGAAACAUUUAAUAGUAACUUCCAUCCAAAUAAACCUAAAUUAUGUACUACAGCUAUUGAAAAUGAACCAACUAAUAAAACACAAUUAUACGAUAAAAAUUCAGAACAAAUUACUGCAGUUCUUGAGAAUCUAGGUUUUGUGUGUAAUGAUGAUAAAUUUUAUGAAGUUUAUCCGUCCAAGAUACGGUCUCAUAAUGUUAAUAAACAGUUUAAUACCGGAUAUGAUUCAAAAACUUAUACGUCGCCAAAACCAAAUAAUUCAAUAGGUAGUUCUGAUGGAUACAAUCAAAAAGGAAGAUAUCAAAAGCCAAUACCCUCUCAAAUAUUCUUGGAUAAGAAUCGCUACAAUGAAAGAAUUGAAAAUUAUAAUUAUCAAAAUUAUCAAAACUAUCAAAACUUAAUAAAUCAAAAAUACACUAACUCAAAUUGUACUAAAAAACCUGAACAGAUUCCUAUUAAAUAUUGGUUAAUGAGACAUAUGUUAUUUACAAAUUUUGAUCACGGUAUUCAUUUGGACGCUGAAAGCUUUUACUCAGUGUGUCCAGAAGUAUUAAGUCGUCAUAUAGCAAAACGUUGUAAAAAUAAAAUAGUGUUAGAUCCUUUUUGCGGAGCAGGCGGAAAUAUAAUCCAACUAGCAAUGACAUGCAAAAAAGUUAUAGCAGUUGAUAUUGAUCCUAUAAAAAUACAAUUAGCGCGUCAUAAUGCUGAGAUAUAUGGUGUUGCUGAUAAAAUUGAAUUUAUAGUUGGUGACUUGUUUUUGAUUUACCCAAAGUUGAAAGCCGAUGUUGUAUUCAUGUCACCACCAUGGGGAGGUCCAGAAUAUUCUAUUAAUAAAAGCUAUACUAUUGAAUCUAUGUGCCCUGGUGAUUUUGGAGGAGGUUUUAAUAUUUUCGAAAUUGUUAAGACUAUAGCGCCUAAUAUAGCAUUUCAUAUGCCGAAAACUACUAAUAUAUUUGAAUGUAUGCGGUUGGGAAGCGGUUUUGGAAAAGUUGAAAUUCAGCAGAAUAUUAUUAAUGGAAAGCUGAAUUCACUAACAGCAUUCUAUGGAAACUUCCACUGGAGUAACUGA